CUCUUUGGGUUCGGCAUCUCUUCUCUAGCAGUUUCUUAUCACUAUGUCGGAAACCGCUCCUGCCGAGACAGCCACCCCAACGCCUGUGGAGAAAUCCCCCGCCAAGAAGAAAGCAACUAAGAAAUCGGCCGGCGCGGGCGCGGCUAAGCGCAAGGCGACCGGGCCCCCUGUCUCUGAGCUGAUCACUAAGGCUGUGGCCGCUUCCAAGGAACGCAAUGGCCUUUCUUUGGCUGCUCUUAAGAAGGCGUUAGCGGCUGGUGGCUACGACGUAGAAAAGAACAACAGCCGCAUCAAACUGGGCCUCAAAAGUUUGGUAAGCAAGGGCACUCUGGUGCAGACCAAGGGCACCGGCGCGUCUGGCUCCUUCAAACUGAACAAGAAGGUGGCCUCUGGGGAAGCCAAGCCGAAAGCGAAGAAGGCAGGUGCAGCUAAAGCUAAGAAGCCUGCUGGGGCCACCCCUAAGAAGCCCAAGAAGGCUGCGGGAGCUAAAAAGGCAGUGAAGAAGACUCCGAAGAAAGCGAAAAAGCCUGCGGCAGCUGGCGUCAAAAAAGUGGCGAAGAGCCCCAAGAAGGCUAAAGCCACCGCCAAGCCGAAGAAAGCAGCUAAGAGCCCCGCCAAGUCCAAAGCGGUUAAGCCGAAGGCGGCCAAACCCAAGGCCGCCAAGCCUAAGGCAGCAAAGCCCAAACCUGCAAAGGCCAAGAAGGCGGCUCCCAAAAAGAAGUAGGAAGUUGGCGCGUAAAUACUGCAACAAAGCCCCAAAGGCUCUUUUCAGAG